AUGCGCUUCUUUAACCUCAUUUCUUACGCUGGGCUGUUGACCCCAUCAAAUGCCCACAAAAGCCCCCAUUCUACCCGUGCCAACACCUUCAUCCAUCCAGGCCUCCUCCACACGGCCACCGACUUCACAAGAACAAGCGAAAAAGUCAACGCCAAAAUCGAGCCCUGGAUAACAGGCUGGAACAAAUUAAAAGAAAGCUCAUUUGCUUCUUUAACUUACACCGAUAAUCCCAAAGAUAUCGUCUACCGAGGAAGUGACGGCACCCACGCUGAGAACUACCCAUCGCUCUACAAAGAUAUAGCCGCUGCGUAUGCCACGGCUCUAUACUGGAAGGUCACUGGAAACACUUCAUAUGCCGAUAAAGCUAUCUCCAUUCUGGAUGGUUGGUCGAAAACGCUCACGCAGAUUUCUGGUUCUACCGAUAUGUACCUCGCUGCAGGUAUAUACGGAUAUGAAUUCGCAAAUGUAGCGGAAAUCAUGCGUGAUUACAAGGAAUGGCCGGCUAGUGAUUUCAAACGGUUUGUUAGUAUGAUGAUUGAUGUGUUUUAUCCUCUAAGCUAUGAGUUUCUGAGAGAUCAUCAUGCUGCCGCUAUUGAUCAUUACUGGGCUAAUUGGGAUUUAUGCAAUAUUGCUUCUGUGCUUUCGAUUGGGGUUUUGUCCGAUAAUCGGACUAUAUAUGAGGAGGGGAUUGAGUAUUUCAAGAAUGGGGCUGGGAAUGGGCAGAUUCAGAAUGCUAUUUGGAAGAUGUAUACUGUUGAUGGGCAGGUUCUAGGGCAGGGACAGGAGGCUGGAAGGGAUCAGGGUCAUGCUAUGCUUGAUUUUGCGUUGUUGGGGGCUAUUGCUCAGAUGGCUUACAGUCAGGGGGAUGAUUUGUUUGGCUAUCUUGACAACAUUAUUCUUGCUGGGGCUGAAUACGCUGCGAAAUACAACCUUGGCUACUAUGUUCCUUACACGACAUAUACUAACAGCGAUGUCACCCAAACUGUUAUCAGUAACAGUAGUCGAGGCGACAUUCGCCCGAUCUGGGAGCUUCUCUAUAACCACUACGGUGUUUUGAAGGGACUGAAUGUCACUUAUACUAAAAGGUACCGUGACUUGGUGGUGAGCGAUGGCUCGGGAGCUGAAGGUGGAGGUGGUUAUUAUGGGACAACUAGUGGCGGGUUUGAUCAACUUGGGUAUGGAACUCUCAUGUAUACGCUGAAGUGA